AUGAUUGUUCUGCGACCAUUUGGCUCUCUGCGUGGUAGAGGAUCGAAUGGUAUUGUGAUUAGGGAAGGAUUUAGACCUUUGAGCCGUCAAGAUCCUGUUGAAGGCAAGGGGAAGAAGGUUUUAGUGGAUGAUUUGGUGGUGCAGAAGAAUGUGGAUACCCAGGGUAAUCCAGGUUUGGCGAAUCUUGAUUCUUCGGUUUCAGAUGAUGUUGCUGAUGUCUGGCCGAAGCCAAAGCCUAUCAAAAUUACGUUUAACAGAGACCAUGUUAAAUUUUCUGAAGAUGGUGUCACGGUCAGGUUAAAGGUGGAUAGGGAGGCAGAGAACUCAAGAAUUUUGAAGAAUUCAAUUAUGCUUAAAGUCUUGGGGAAUAAUGUGUCGUUCUCGGUUUGUAGUUUAGAAUUGAGAAGGCAGUGGAGAAAACACGGUGGAUUUCAUUUGACGUCGAUUGGAAUGAACUGGAUUUUGUGUUCGUUCAAGACUAGUGAGGUGGUAGAUGAAAUAUUGAAUGGAGGCCUGUGGUAUGUGAAUGGGUUCAUUGUUGGUAUGGACAGAUGGACGCCUAUGUUUGAUCCAGAUUCAUUUAAGGGAAUCUCUGCUCCCAUUUGGAUUAGAUUAUCAUGCUUUCUUUUGUACUGCUGGGAUGAAGAUAGUAUAGCAAGAAUUGGUUCUUUCUUUGGUUCUCCAAUGUACAUAGAUGGCAAUACCUUUCGCUGGAGUAAACGUGAAUUUGCCCGUGUCUGUGUAAGGAUUGAUUUGGAAAAGAAGGUGCCAAAUGGUGUUUGGGUGGAAGGUUCAGCUGGGAGGUUCUUCCAACGGGUGGAGUAUGAGAAAAUUGAUCUUCUUUGCUAUCAAUGUGGCAAAGUGGGUCAUGAUAAUAAGAUUUGUUCGGAAAAUGUAACUCUUGGGAUACAUGACCAAACAAGGAAGAAGACGGACACAGUUACGAUGAAAGGUAUGAAGAUUGCACCUGAAAAUAAUCCUUCUGUGAUCAGUGCUGAAUAUGGUAUGUGGAUUCAUGUCCAUUUAAAGAAUAGAAGAUUUAAAAGGGAUAUUUCCAAUGGAAGAGGUGUGAAGGACAAUGGGAAUAAUACUGAUAACAGAUUUAAUAACAGCCAUCAGGACAAGGUGCUGGAGAGAGUCCAGACAAGGACAAAGGUUGCCGAAGUUGUAGAAGAAUCUGUUGUAGCUCCAGUAAAAAGUUCAAUUAAUAUGGAGACAGCUGGAGUUGAGAUGUUUGAUAUUCAAUCAACUAAUCAUUUUGCUUUGUUGGUUGAUAAAGAUGUAGAGGAAGGUACUGAGAAGCAUGGAGAAAUUGAUAAAGCUUUGGACGGAAGCUUGGAUAUACCUGAAAUUGAUGCUAACCACAUUGAUUUGGGUUCUCAUAAUGGUGUUGCCAAGAUUAAACUAGCCAAGGAAUUGAGAUCAUUAGGGCCGGUUGAGCCUGACUAUAAAAAGAAGAAGAGGGAUGGGAGGGGAGACAAGAAGAGAAAGGCUUCCUUGUAUUUGAAGGAGAUUGUUAGGGAUCAGGAUGUGUUCUUUGUUGGGCUUAUGGAGACAAAAAAGUUGGUGACCUUUGAUGUUAUGGAAGCUACUUCACAAGCUGUCAUUGGCAAUCUCUCGGUUCCCAUCUUGGGAACUUGGAGAAUUGCUAUUGUUUAUGGUAACAUGUGCUGUAAGGAGAGAGGAGGCCUUUGGAGUCAAUUAGAGAAGAGUAUGGAGAAUGCUAUUCCUUCUAUUACUGGGGGGAGGGGGGGCUUCAAUUAUAUCAUUAAUAAGGAGGAGAAGAGAGGAGGUAAGAAGUUCUUGUUCUCUAAAGGACCUAGUGUGGGACCAAGGUUUACUUGGUGUAACAACAAGGAGGGUGCUUCUCAAAUUUGGGAAAGGCUGGACAGGUGUAUGUUGAAUUCGAUUGCUAUUCAGAAAAUUCCUUUAGUUGUCACAAGACAUCUUGCGAGAAUGGCAUCUGACCAUUAUCCUAUUGUUGUUAAGAUGGAUGAAGAGGUGCGGUUCAAGUCAAAGGCAAUCAGAUUUGAGGAUACUUGGAGUUCCUACCCUACGGCCAAGAGUAUUGUUUAUCACUCUUGGAAGAAGAAUGAUUUCGGAGAUGAGUAUAUGAUCCUUCAAAGGAAGCUUAGCCGCACAUUAAAAUCACUAUUUUUCUGGAAUAAAAACAAGUGUAAAGAUUUGAAUGUGUUAAAGGAGAAAUUGAAAAAGGAGAUCCUUAAACUUCAAAAUAAGGAAGCUUUGGGUGUCAAUUGGUCGGUUGAUGACCUUUUUGUUCUUAGAAAUAAAGUCCAUGAACUUAAUGUUACUUUGAAGAGGCUUUCUACUUGGUGGAAUCAAAGGGCAAAGGCUAGGUGGCAUGAGGAAGGUAAUACAAACUCCAAAUUGUUUCAUAAUUAUGCCUCAGCUAGAAGAAAUGGGAAUAGGAUCAUUCAAAUUAAAGAUGAGCUCAACAAUUUGUAUGACAAGGAUGAGCAAAUUGAGAAGAAGAUUGCGGCUAAUGAUAUGGAUGUGCUCAAUGCAGAAUUUUCAGUAAAUGAGCUGCAUAAUUCUGUUUUUCAGCAAGGAAACAACAAGUCACCAAGUUUGGAUGGAGUCACCUCUUCUUUUUACAAGAGGGAGUGGAAGAAUACUUUGAUUGUCUUGAUCUCUAAGAUUAAGAACCCUGUGAUUCCUUCAAACUUUAGGCCUAUUAGCCUUUGCCAAACUAAUUAUAAGAUUGUGGCUACCAUGUUAGUUAAUAGAUGGAAUAAGGUUAUCUCCAAGAUGAUUUCAGAGGAUCAAGUGGCGUUCAUCCAUGGAAGAUCUAUUAUAGAGCAUUGCCUUUUGGCUCAGUAG